AUGGGAGCGGCGUACGGGACGGCCAAGAGCGGGGUGGGGGUGGCGUCGAUGGGGGUGAUGCGGCCGGAGCUGGUGAUGAAGUCCAUCGUGCCCGUCGUCAUGGCCGGGGUGCUCGGGAUCUACGGCCUCAUCAUCGCCGUCAUCAUCUCCACCGGGAUCAACCCCAAGGCCAAGCCCUACUUCCUCUUCGACGGCUACGCGCACCUCUCCUCCGGCCUCGCCUGCGGCCUCGCGGGGCUCGCCGCCGGCAUGGCCAUCGGCAUCGUCGGCGACGCCGGCGUCAGGGCCAACGCGCAGCAGCCCAAGCUGUUCGUCGGAAUGAUCCUCAUCCUUAUCUUUGCCGAAGCCCUUGCCCUGAGGCGGAUGCCUGAGGGGAGAGAAGGUGAUCCUGUUGUGAAACAUAGGGAAGAGGGAGUGGUUUUUCCACGAAUCGAUAAAGAAAAAACAGUAUAUACCACUAAAAGCAAAAUUUAUCUUAUCCUCUGUAGUUUGUCGUUCAGUUUGAGCUGGUCGUGCGAUUGCCUGCAAUGUCUAAUUGGCGAUUGGCUUCUGCGUAACCUGUGUGCAGAGGACGUGUACAAGAAUCUGAAGGAGAACGGCGGCGUGGGGCAGGAGCCGGAGGCGCAGCCGCGCAAGGUUGAGCCGGCCACGGAGAUACUCUUCCUCUGCAGCUACGACAACUGCGGCAAGACCUUUGUUGACGUGGCUGCCUUGAGGAAGCAUGCCCACGUGCACGGCGAGAGGCAGUACGUUUGCCAGGAGCCCGGCUGUGGGAAGAAAUUUGUAGAUAGCUCAAAGUUGAAGAGGCACCACCUUACUCACACAGGACAAAAGGAUUUCGUUUGCCCACAUCCAGGCUGUGAGGAUUACUUUCUACUACGCCACAAUUUCCUGUUUGCAUCUUUGCAAGCCUUCUCAUUGGAUUUUAACUUGCGUGCACACCUCAAAACACAUGCUGUGGAAAAUUAUCAUAUAUGCCCCUUCCCAGCAUGUGGCAAAAGAUUUACAAGCGACUUCAAAUUAAAAUGCCAUAUUAAGACACAUGAAAAGACUGGAUCUCCUAUUGCAGUGCAGCAUACACCACCAGCAGAAAAACCACAAAGCACCAUAAAGCCUUCCAUACAAGCAACCCCAAAGCCUUCUGCGCCCACACCACCAAGCUUUUCCAGUGAGCGCCCUUAUGUCUGCCCCUACGAAGGCUGUGGGAAAGCCUACAUCCACGGUUACAAACUCAACCUCCAUCUCAAGACUCAGCACCCUGACCACAAUCAAGAAAACAAUGGUAGGUCCGCCACACCUGCAGCGGGGUAUAACUAUGCUGACGGUGGUGACAUUGCGCCAAACCCGAAAAGGAGCAAGACAAGCCAAGUGCACAGGGCCCCUCCAUCUAACGCCUACAAUGUCAAGGUUUCCAGCAGGAUGGGUGUUGAUACCAGUGGUGCAAAGAACCAGUGGCCAGGCAAGGGUAUGUAUGACGAUGACAGUGAAGAGACCGAGGAAGAUCCUGGUGGUAACAAUGUAGAAGAUGGCUGGAGAUACGGUAACCAGAACGCCGACGAUGAGGAAACAGAAGAAGAUGAAGACUAG